AUGUCUCUCGUCCAACCAGGAGAAGGAGACUCUCGUCCCUCUGGACUCACCCUCAACCUCUCUUCCAACAACCCUUUUCGCAAUCGAAUAGCAUCGCCGCAUUCUCCCUCGUACACUCCUUCCGCUCCUCCUCCGCGACCAGUAUCGCGAAACCCCUUCCUCGAUCCAUUCUCUUCAAAUACUCCGCAGUCGCCCUUUUCCACAUCGCCUGACAAGAUGACCUUUCCUUCAGACGUCACGUCUCCGCCAGCCCCUGCAUUGUCGGGCAACGCAGCCAUCUUAUUUGAUAAUCUCACUCUCAAUGAUCGGCCCUCUAGCAGCAGCAAUGGCAUGCGACCGCAACCUGCACGCGCUAACACAGGCGAUAAACCCCCACCACCAGCAGUCCGCAGCCGUGGCGAGAAUGUCCCCCCUCGACCGCACCCCGAUCACCGCCCUUCGCGCUCACAGGAAGAUGCUAGGCGGGCUCACAGAGCAGCAAACCCCACUAGUGGCGCGGGUGCAGGAUCAUCCAGCAGAUCUCGCCCAGCAGCAGUACUCGAUAUAUUCGCAGAUCCGGUAGAGGAGUCGUCUCCAAAGAAGAGCGGUCGCCCGCGACGAAAUUCUGAGUCGUCGGUCGUGGACCGAAGCAGCAGCAAAUUGCUUGACCCUGAAGAGGAGAAGAAGCGUCAGGAGAGACGUCGACGUGAACGUGAGCGCAGACAUCGUGAGAAGGGCAAGGAUAGCAAAUCGAGAAGACCCGACCGGAAGUUGGAUAUCAUCGAUAAGUUAGAUGUUACUAGCAUAUAUGGCACUGGGUUAUUCCAUCAUGAUGGCCCAUUUGAUGCCUGUAACCCACACCGAAACCGCAACGGAAGCAGAAGAGCACCAAUGCAAGCAUUUCCGAAGGACUCUCUCAACAAUGCUCUGGGAGGCGGAGGACCAAUCAACAGGAGACCUGAUCAUGCGGCUUUCUUGGGCAAUUACGAUGAUGAGGCUUUCAAGGACUAUUCGAAUGGGGCCUCUGGAACGGAAGCGAAUGUCCAGAGCGCUACGACAAGAAUCGAGCCUAUCCACGGUGAAGAAACCCUAGGAUUAGGCACAUCUACUUUCCUAGAAGGAGCCCCAGCGUCAAGGACAGCAAUGCAGCGACGAGAGAGUGAGACUGGACAGACGGAAGGCGGUCUAUCACGGACGAAGUCGUUGGCCCAAAAGAUUCGGGGGAUCAACACCACUCGGCGUGACUACGGCCAAGCUGGGAGAGUUACCAGCCCCGAUGGCAAUUACGGUGCCAGCUCUUAUUCCCCCGCCGUCCGAUCUCAAGGUGGUAGCAACACGAACCAUUUCAAUGAAUUCACCAGUGGAGACGAUAGCAAGAAAGAUGUUAGUGUAACCUUUGCCGAAACACGCACUGGAAGAGCUCGAGCACCAAGCAGUCCAGGACGAGGAUUUGGAGAACGUCUUGAACGACGAGUGACCAGUGGAAGCUCGGAGACCGAGCAACCAAAAUCCAGCGGAGGAUUCCUGUCCCGAGUGAAGAGUCUGAAGGGGGGGCCACGCAAGCACAAAGAUAGCGGCAGAUUCCAAGAUAGUGACUACUACUGA